GAAGUGCGUGCACUCUCUGGCGAAGAUGGCGGACGGCGAAAACAACCGGGCCGACGCCGCCGAGCCGCUCCUGAAGAGACCGAGACUCCGGGAUGCGCGCGGCGGAACCGAGCCGGUGGAGGCGGACCCGGCGCUGAUGGACGAGUCCCGUUCUCAGGCCUCACGGAACAGCAGCAGCAGCAGCCUCACCGAACCAGAACCAGAACCAGAACCCGAACCCGAACCCUCCGACCUACUUGACGAAGGUGUCCCUCCCAAUGGCUUCACGUCUCCUGAUCUUCCUCACGAGGAUGAUGACGACUGCUCGUCUCGCGCCAGCUCCAGCGACUGGACGCCUCAGCCACAGAUCGGCUCGUAUCGGUUCAUUCAGCAGCACAUCAUGAGAGGAACCGACCCGAGGGCCAUUUUGAAAGACCUGCUUCCCGAAACGGACCUCCCGGCGGAUCUCGACGACAUGACGCUGUGGCAGAUCAUCAUCAACAUCUCAGAGCCGCCCAAAAGAAAGAAACGCAAAGACAUCAACACAUUAGAGGACGUCGUGCGGCUCCUGAACGAGAGGAAGAAGAUACUUGUGCUCACUGGCGCCGGGGUGUCUGUUUCUUGUGGCAUUCCUGACUUUCGGUCUAGAGAUGGCAUAUACGCUCGACUCGCUGUGGACUUUCCUGACCUUCCUGAUCCUCAAGCCAUGUUUGACAUAGACUACUUUAGAAGAGAUCCGAGGCCUUUUUUCAAAUUUGCCAAGGAAAUCUACCCAGGACAGUUCCAGCCAUCUCCAUGUCACAGGUUCAUAUCAAUGCUGGAUAAGAAGGGAAGGUUACUGAGGAACUACACUCAGAAUAUCGACACACUGGAGCAAGCGGCUGGAAUCCAGAAGAUCAUUCAGUGUCAUGGUUCCUUUGCGACUGCUUCCUGUCUUGUCUGUAAACAUAAGGUUGACUGUGAAGCCAUAAGGGAGGAUAUAUUCAACCAGGUUGUUCCUCACUGUCCGAGGUGUCCGUCAGAUGUCCCGUACGCCAUCAUGAAACCAGACAUCGUCUUCUUUGGCGAGAACCUUCCAGAACUUUUCCACCGAGCCAUGAAGCAGGAUAAAGAUGAGGUGGAUCUUCUCAUCGUCAUCGGCUCCUCGCUGAAAGUUCGGCCAGUGGCUCUCAUACCCAGCUCCGUACCUCACGACGUGCCUCAAGUCCUGAUCAACCGCGAGCCGCUGCCGCACCUGCACUUCGACGUGGAGCUGCUCGGAGACUGUGACGUCAUCGUGAACGAACUCUGCCAUCGUCUGGGAGGCGACUUCGAGCAGCUGUGCUUCAGCUCGUCCCGUCUCAGCGAGAUCACGGAGAAACCGUCCGCUCGGAGCCCCUCCACACGAGCGUCAGAGGACACUUCACUGUCUCCCGAGAAGGAGGAACCGCAGACAGCAGCCAGAAGAACAAGCCCUCCUCCAGAGCCGUUAGCGGAAACUAACACAGACCGGUUAGACUCCAACCCAAAAGAGCAUUCUCCGAAGACAGCUACAGAAGCACUGGACUCUACUGAUGACGUGAAGGAGGAAGAACCAGCAGAUCGUCACCGUGUUGAAGUGCGGAGACGGUGCUGGAGAAGCCCAAUCUGUCAGAGUCCAAUCAGCAAACGACUCGGAGCCUCGCAGUAUUUAUUUCGAGCACCGAACCGCUACAUUUUCCACGGCGCCGAGGUCUACUCGAGCUCAGAGGACGAGUCGUCCAGUUCCUGCGGCAGUGACAGCGACGGCUCUCGCUGCAGCGCGGACGCUGUGGGAAAUGAAGACAGCGACGUGGAGGAAGAAAACACAGAGACAGUACAGGAGCACGAACACAAACGCCUUCACACGGACUGCACCGCAGAAACAGACCCACCGACCACACAAUAACUCACUAGCACUCGCUGCGUCUCAUGUGCUCAAGUCUGUUUGAUAUGUUUUUGUAUCUCCUCCCUCCUAAACGCCCUGUUAUGUCUUCUAAUGCAUGCAACUUCUUUCUUUUAUUUCACCGCCAGUCUUUUUAUAUUUUUGCAUUUUUAGAUGUAAAAUAUACGGUUAAUUCUGCCUGAAUGUUGUUUCUGCCUGAGAAUUGAACAUGCAUUGAACAAAGGGAAUGAUUUUCAAACCAAAGAUCACUUUUUCCGCAUCGUUUUCAUGUUUUUCACAAGUUCCUUGUCGGAUCUGGUCAAUGUGUUUCGCAUGUGCACCAAACUGUGGCAUUUUCAGACAUUUGGCAGUCUUUUAUAGCCAGUAAAGUCUGAUAGUCAUCAUGUUUUCCAUUCGUUUUUUAUACCUAUAGAAAGACAUUAUUUACAUGCAUUCACACUCUUGUGAUUCCUGUCCUCAAGCACUUCUGAAUCUGUUUUUGAUUAAUAUGCCUGUUGAUGUUGGUUGGUUUUAUAAAUGCAGCGUCUUUUCCAGCUCUCGUUGACCGUGCAUUAAAAUCUUUAUAACACUGUUAAGUUAUAAUAUCAACACGACCUCGUGAGUCCCUCGUGCAGUUGAUGCCGUUUUGGUUGUUUGUUCUUAAUCUCUGUUCAAAAUACGAAUUUAUUUUCGAUGCUGCAAAAGAAUACUUUUGUCCCGAAAUACAGACUUCACAAAUGUAGCAUCUUUGACUCUUAUCACUCAUCCUUGAGCUAAACGCUGUACAUGAUGCAUGCAAGUUAGUAACUAAGAAUGGUAGAGAAGUAUUUUGCUCGGUAAUAAAAUACUCAAGAGUUUGCAGAAUG